AAUACCGCCACCUGCUGGACUGGAGGAUGGAACAUCUGAUUUAUAUUUAUAGACAUCUAUUAAUAUAAAGACUUGCUCAGCUGACACAAAUACAGUUAACAACCAGAGAGGAGCUUUCUCCAAACCGAGAGGAAGCAUGUCUGUGUCCAGAAUGCGCAUGCGACCCUGGUUAGAGGAUAUGAUUGACUCCAACUCAAUUGCUGGACUUGUCUGGGUAGAUAAGGAAAAAAAGAUGUUCUCCAUUCCUUGGAAGCACUCCUCACGCCAUGGAUGGGAUAUUGACAAAGAUGCCAGUCUCUUCAAACAGUGGGCAAUUCACACUGGCAAGUUCAAGCCAGGAAUCACUGAACCUGACCCCAAAACAUGGAAAGCCAACUUCCGUUGUGCAAUGAACUCGCUGCCGGAUAUUGAAAAAGUGGAGGACAAAAGCAUCAGUAAAGGCUGUGAAGCUGUUUUUGUCUACCGCAUGCUUCAGGUUGAAAAGAACAAAAACAAGAGGUCCUCUAAAAGCCAGGAAAGCAGGAGGAGAAAAAAAGUGGAAAAGGUGAGGAAGAUUGAUGCAGACAUGGAAGAAACCGAAGAGCACCUUUACGCACACAAGCAGCAGGAGAUGAUCACCCAGGAGAACCCUACAGACAGCACUGAGAGCACAAACACAGCGAGCCCCACCUUUGAUGUUCCCGACUGCUCAGACUAUGAAGUUGAAAUCGGCCCUGACAGCACGAACGAUAUCUACAUCGGAAGGUUCCAUGUUUCACCGGUACACACGACAGAGUAUGAGGAAAAAGCUAUUGUUGAGCUCACUCGACAGUUGGAACUCGAUAGUGCACAGUGGUUACACAGCAGUAGCAGUGGAAAGGACUUCCUGUGGAAUGAAGUAGCCCUGACGGAGUCUUACCAAUGUCCAGAGAGCCAAUGGAGCGGCUCCCCAGGAGAGGAGCUUGAGCUGCGUUUUUACACAGAACUGAUUCCAGGACUGCCCAGUGAAGAUCUUUUGAGCUACACGGAUAUGUGGAACAGCGACCCUCACACCACUGGCCUUCCACAAGUCAGCAGUCUACUCCAAGACCUACGUCUUUGACUCUUAACCUGUACAAAAUAAGGCUACAAAUUACUUAUCUGACCACGCAUUUUUAUGCUGGAGAAUGAUUUUGGAGGCAGUUUUUUCACGUGUUUCUUUUAACUUGUAAAAGGAUAAUUUCUGUAUA